UGUGCAACACGGAAGAGACGAAGGAGGAAAAGAGGCUCCACGUCACUGAGGUGUAAUAUCAGCGUCAGGGCAACACAAGGUGCUAUUCCUCCACGAUUUGAAUACCCUUGGAAAUUCCGGACAUCCUCACACGGGGAUAAAAUAACUCGUAUGACCGUGAAGAGAAGAUAUCGGGCUCUUUCAGUGCGGAGCGGCCUCGGUAAAGACGCUGGCAGUCCGUUGAAGAGUGACCCACUGCUUCAGCUCCUAGAUGGGUGAAUCAGGUUCACGCCGUUCUACACUGGUCUCCCGCUUGCCCAUCUUCCGCCGGAGCAGCAGUAAGAGGCAGGACUCUCUCCCCUCCUCUCCGUCUUCAGGCGGUGUGGGAAAUGGCGUCCACACCUCCUCUCCCUCCAGUACCAACUCCAGCUCUGGCAGUACGGGGAAACGUCGGGGCAUUUUCCGCACUCCAUCACUCAGUUUCACUGGUAAACGAAACAGUGAGCCACGCGUCCAGCCUAUUAACCUAAACCUCACACCGCCGCUGACGCAAAGCAAGGACGCCAAUGGGAAUAAUCAGCAGACAGUAACAUCGUCGUCAUCGACUGGGUUUAGUGAGGGUGGGGGGCGACCCAAGACCCGCCAUUCAUUUGGGUUUGGCAGCCACAGACAAAAGAAAAUCCCACGUUCUCGGACAGAGGAUUUUGACAAAGCUUCCUCUUCCUCCUCUACAACCAAUCGAAAUGUAUUCAUCAACUGCAUCAGCAGCUCAGGAGCCAAUGAGGGUGAUGACUCCGGGUUCCUUGAUGACUACAGCGGUGGUAGUAAUAACAACAAACGGUCGUCACGCCAAAAGAAACAGCUGCUGCCCAAAUCUUUUUCAGCUCACCACCGCUUCUCCCGUAGCUCUGAUCACCACAGACCUCCAGAAGUGAAUUUGGAGCCCCCAACCUCCACUACUGUCACUCCAGGGGCAGAGGGGCUCACCCCAGGGUCCUGGCCAGGGGAGCUGCAAGGUGCUGGGGGUGAGAGCUCACUCCAGUCUCCUAUGAUAUCAGAGGACCGAACCACAGCAAUCACACCUUCGGAGUUUAUCCCCAUCACAGAGGAUUCUGUGUCAGAGGUGGAUGCCCUGCCAACUCCCAGCCCUGGAUCAGGUUUAGCCCCAGGACCUGCCCCUGUCCCUGGACAGGCUACUGACUCAGCUUCCCCUAAUCCCCCACCUGCCCCAGAAAACUUCAGUGUGGCAGUCUCUACCUCCCAGGUGUUCUUCACUCCCGCCCAGUCCAGUGCUGAAAAACCCUUACUUCCUGACACCAGCACAGCCAACAACACAGAUUAUGAAACCGCCAUUUCCCUCUCAGAGCCCGAGACAGCUGUACCCUGCCUCCCCCUGCAGCAACAAUCACCGGAAGAGAGGAAGGAGAGGGAAGAGGAGAGGAAGGAGGCAAGGGAAGAGGUGCCAGCCGAGGAGAGGAAGGGGCUGGUGGAAGAUAGGAAGACAGGUUACCAUACCGAGACAACUAGUGAGAGUGAGGCAUGCGUGGUGCGCAGCGAGGGCUGUCACUCGAACCCAGAGCAGUCGGACAGGAGGGCACGUAACACUCUUUCCAUUCAGGAGGGAGGAAGAGGAAGCUGCUGCAGCCGCCAUGAACCCAGGUCGUCUCACCUUAGGAAACCCCAUGCAGCCUCUCUGUGCAGCAGUGUCAGCCCCUACCAUGAGGUGAUGCGGAUGGAAAGGCGUCUGCGCUCCUCUUCUGAGGGAGCUGGUGGUCCUCGUAUCCAUGGAAACCACAGAGAUGCCCCGGGCAUUGAGGGCUGCGGUCUGCUCAAACACAGAAACAACUCUUCGUCAUCCAAACUGGGAAGUCUGGAUGUUUUGAACAACCUGGGUUCCUCGGAGCUGGAUGAAGACGAUCUGAUGUUAGACCUGGACCUUUCAGACGAUCAGCGACAUCGGCAUGUGUCCAGAGAAGACUCCAGCCAGUCUCUUGCCUCUUGUCUCAACCUGCUUCCCUCCCCCAUGGACCCAUCAGGAGAGCGCAUCCCAGGGAAAGACACCACCCACAGGGAGCCCAGUCGUCCGACUAGCCUGCUGCCAGCUGAGUGGAGCUCAGGCCUGGGUUUGGGCAGAGACGACGAGCCCUUACCUCCAGGGCUGGAGACCUUGCCACUUAGACUGAUGCAGCAGGACUGUACUGCUGUCAAAACCCUGCUGUUAAGACUGAGACGGACACUGCAGGAGAGCACUGAGACAAGUCCUGCCAGCAGCCUCCAAUCUCUUCCCAUCAGUCCUUGCAGCGAAAAGUCUCUUCCACUUAAGGAUCCAGGCAGAGAAGAAGCCUUGCUGCAACAGCUGAGGGAGAAAGAUGAGCUGAUCCUCCGACUCCAGAGUGAACUGGAGAGUGCCAAAGCUGCCCUGAAGAUGAAAGACUGCCAAAUGACUGACCGCACAACACAGACUGAACACGUUGGGCCAGAGGCCAACCAUCCAGGCCGGUGGGCAGGACUAGGCAGCAGCAGCAGCAACCUGGCUCUAAGGGACAGAAGGGUAGCGCGGGGUGCGGGGGCAACACUCGGAGGGGACCUCUCUAGCCAGCACCUCCCCCACCAUCACGGCCGGCCUCCUGCCUCGGAACGACAUACUGCCAGGGAGGACCGCCACUACCAGGGGGUUCUUGGGGUCCUGGCACAGUCCUCAUCGCGGAUCCCAGCCUCAACCUCGGGCGCAACUCCAAAUCCAGCCCCGGGCUCCUCCAGCCUCCCCUCUGCCAUUUCUGCGGCGUCAGUGCAAGCCGCACCUCCUGCUCCAGCCCAACUUCAAGCUUCACACCUGGGCCCGUGUCCAAAUCAAGCCCCAGGCUCCGCUUCGGCACCCACUAAUCACCCUGCAGUUCCAUCACUUUCCCCGAGGCAGCCAGAGGCGGUGUCCUCCUCCUCUGAAUCCUUGACUCCAGGAGGAGGGGGAGCAGUUUCAAGCGGGGCAAGGAGAGGAGGAGAGCACCUUCCUCCCAGCCAGAUCCCACGUGCAGUGGGGGCAGGCGGGGCCAGCGCCUCAUCGAGCCUCCACAGCUUGGCAAGCAGGGCGAGCCCCUGUCCGAGUGUUUCAUCAUCCGACCGAGCCUCGCCUCCGCCUCCUACCCCUUCCUCCACCUCCUCAGCCUCCUCCUCCUCCUCCACAUUUACGGGUCGCUUAGGACAACCACCACGAGGCCCCCUGUCUCUGCAUAGCUACAGUCGAAAAAAUGUCUUCCUCCAGCACUCGCUCCAUACUGCCGAACUGCAAGCGCUGGCACAGAGAGAUAGUUGAGGGCGCAUGAAGAACAUGCACACCAUCCCAGCCAUAAGCAGCCAUAUCAGUGACUUGAACGAUAAAAUGUCACUUUAUAUAAAGACUGCUGCUCCUGCAGUUCAUGUUGCCUGUGUUAGCCUGUCUCUAGACCCCUGACAUACACACACACACACACACACACACACACACACACACACACACACACACGCACACACAUAUGUUCACACUUGUCUGUCUGCACAAUUCACAUCACUGAUAGACAUGCUGUCUUAAACACAAACACAAGCACACACAUCUCCCACAUCACAUCAUGCUGACAGUUUAGAUCUUAUGCCCACAAGAAACACAGACACACACAAAUACAGUGCACACAAACUCACAAGACACACACACACUACUGCAUAAUCACAGAUACAAUCACUUGAGCACACAAACACAAACACACACACAAACACAUCUUCCUGCGAUAUCACCUCCUCAGAAUCAACACAAAUAACGGGGCAUUUACAAUGGAACUACAAGUUAUACUUUUGUGUGUACCAGUGUGUUUAAAAAAGAGACUCUUAUUUUUAUCAAUUUCUUGUGUAAUUUUUACCGGUUAAAAAACAUGUGCUGCUUAUGGAACUAUGUGACAGACUGUAAUUUGCGCUCCCGAGGAUAUAUUCUCACAUUGCCAAAUGUCAGAUCAACCCCUCACCUUCUGACGUUCACUCACGCCAUGGUUAGAGGCUCAUCUCAAAGUGAAAAUUCACACCCUUUUACUGCAUGCUUUUUAGGAAUUAAGGAAAAUACAAGUGAGCAUUUUGUCCAGCAAAAAAGUGGGUUUGGGAUGAAUAAUAACUUUUACAGUCUUUUAAUAAUGUUAACAGUAUCAACUCUCACCUCAGUGUUUGGAGAAGGGACCUGAACAUGCCAUGACCUCAAAUCUGAAAUGACUGCAUAACAGAAGAGUUUGUGUCUGACUGUUGAAUGUUUAUCCUUCUGUUCACUUAAAUAAGGCAAUGGUUGUAGGCUUGAUACUGGAGCAUUGUUUUUUAGAAACAGGAUAUUGCAAUAUUACCCAUGUGUAUACAAGAAUCAAUGUGUAUCUCCGUUGUUAGAUUAGUACAUCAGUAGAGAUUAUGAGUUUCAUUCCAAAAUUUGACAUCCACAGAAAAAAGUGGUACCUACACUGACAAAAUUACUGCUGGCAUUAAAGUAUAACUAUCAGAUGUUAUUGGAAGUUACUAGCAGUUUUGAAGCCCUGGCUCACAAAAUAGCAAUGUUUCAGAUGUAAUCAGGUGAUUUUUUUCCCCCAAAAUGGAUAUCUAGUAUUUUGGAAUGAAACACUCCACAUCUUCUUUAGGGCUGGGUAUUGCGAUACCUACUGGUGCUUUGCAAAUUUUUGGUAUCAGAAUUCAUUUUGACACUUCAAAAGGUAAAAUGUUUCAAAUGCAGACACUGGAUAUUGGGUUUUCUAUUGCACUGUGAACAUUUUUACCGAGGGACUCGGUUGAGUAUGGACUGACUCUGCAAAUGACACGAACUAAAGUUCCACAGGAAAUUGUUUACUUGAUCACAUCAAGAAAUGUGCUUGCAUUCCAUAAAGAAAAAAAAACUAUCAUUUUAAAAAUGGUAUCAAAUUUGUAAAAGUGUCAGAGCUGAAUUUUCCACUGAUACCCAGUCCUUGUGCGCUAGCCUUGUUUUACCUUCCAGAGGUCAAAAGUGUUGUCUACAUUUUUAAAAAUAAUCAAAUGAGAUGGGGUAUCAUAAGGCUAGCACUACCUUGUCCGGACAUUACAGCGUGUAAUGAUUCGUAACAAGAUUUGUUUCCAUGCAGCUGCCAUGACCUGCUAAAUCCUGUAGGAUCAUUCAGUGGUUUGGGAGAAAAUCUGUCUCUGUUUAAUAUUUUAGAAACCCAACCUUUAUAUUUGUGAAUCCUGAGGGGAGGAGAUGAAAAAUGUUUCCUACAACCCCCCACCCACCCCCCCACCUCCCAAAAAAAUCUUGAAAGGCUUUUGGAGAGUCAGCCACUGUUGAAUAUUUUAGUUCUGUGGAACUGACUUGACUGCCUAACCAACUUCACUCCCGUGGGUUUGAGAUAAACAAGUGUUAUAAUGUCAAACAGGAGACGGGAGCCUGACCUGCUGCUAAGCACAGAGCAGAGGUUCACUGCACUUGGCUUCUCCAGAAAAUGUUGGAUUUAGGAGAAAGUUGUUGACCUUGUCUGGCUCUGAACUGCUGUAGGGAAGAUGUGUAAAUUGUACGUGCGUGUGUAUGUGUGUGUGUGUAUGUGUGUGUGUGUGUGUGUGUGUGUGUGUGUCCUCACCUCAGAGGCAAGGACUUGGUAGAGGUGAAGGAAAGCCUGUAGGAACAGAGCUUUACUCCCACUGGUGAAAGCUACCACUUUCCCUCUAGUCUGUUCCACUUAUACACUAUUUCCUCUCUCCUCCUUUUUCCCCUUGUCCUCUCUUUUUCUCUACUUCUGUUCCUUUCUCCACUCUGUCUCCUUCUACUCCCGUCUCUUCUACUCUCUCUACCCCUCUCUCUUUACAUCGCUCUACCUUGCAUCCAGACUUUUCUGCUUCUUUGGUUCCCACCUCUAUUUCCUACUAUUAUCCUCCCUAUUAUCCCUUUUCCUCUUCCACCUCUCACAUGUCCCGUCUUUCCUUCCAUCCAUCUCUUUCUCUCCCUCCCUCCCCAUUUAACCCAGUUACCCAGACUGUAUAUUGUCAAACAGUGUAUCCAUCACAUAUUGUAAUGCAGCGGCUCUCAAUCCCAGUCCUCGGGACCUAAAGCUCAGCUGAUUUUCACACUAGCUGUCUAAUGAGGGACUUUUUGACUCCUGGGAUGCCAGGUGAAGGCACAUAACUACUCGUUAGGACGGAGAACCGGCAGGACUUUGGCUCGAGAGAACCAAGAUGGAGAGCCACUGCUCUAAUGUGAACUGAACAUUCCCUCUACGGUUUGUUUACAAGUGGAGUAAAACGAUGCUAUCUCCUUAACUGAUCCCUCAUAGACGAUGCCAUUUUACACCCUCAUCAGAAUAUGUGGGCACCAUAAGAGAUAUCAAGAGGGACUAUUUGGGUUUGUUUGCACUGCCAACUCAGUCGUUUUUUUGUCUAUGUGUGUUUGUUUUUCUCUGCCAUAUUUGAAAAAGAUGUGAAUGUUUGGUACUGUCAAAACAGCAAAACUCACAGGACGGACAGACGUUGUGUGUUAUCUCUUGGUCAUGACACAUAGGAAAGGUAAAAGUCACAUCUAAGAUAAGCAGUGAAAAUGUGGCCUUGAGGUCUUACAAAGCCAUUUUCCACAAGCAGUUGGUAGGUUGGAGGAUUGAACUGAGUCUCGCAGAUGGGAAACAAGGCACCGCCAUCGAGAAGUGGACACGAUUCACGAAAGUCAGUCGUCCCCUGGUCCUUAUCCACAUGUUGUGCUUGUAAGAUGCAACGGUCCUUUUCUUUGUAAGGAAGAUUUUUUUUUUUUUUGCCUUAUUUCUAUUUCUAUUUAUUGUCACAGAUCCAGUUUCCCAAAAGCAUCUUGGCACUUCAAAAUAUGGAUGAUUAUGGUCUUCACCAUGAUGAUAAUGAUGAUGAUAAUGAUGGUUAUUAUUUUUAAUCAAUCAAAGUGUACUGUGUCUUAGUCUAUCAGACUAUGAUAUCAGUAAUUACUUAAUUGAUUUUUUCCUUUUGAACUGGUGAAAUGAUGAAGUUGAAGUUGUAUAAUUGUACAUAAAUUAUUAAACCCUGUUGUUGUUCAUGUAAAGUUAUUUUAAGGUAAUUUUUGAAGUAUAAAAAAGCAGCAGGGUUCCUGUUGUAGGAACAUAUGAGAUUUAAAAUAAAAAAAAAAAGAAAAGAAAGAAAAAAGCAAAGGCUUGGUUUAAUAAGCAAAGGUAACAGGUAAACAAAUAUGGUGGGAGCUGCUACCAAAAGCUUUUCAGGCUAGAUUUACAGUGGAGCGAGCAAAUUUGAUUUUUAACCAUGGAAAACUAACUUCCAGGUUAAAUCUGUCAAGCAGAAGGCACUUGACUCACUUAGAGGGUUAAUAAACUGAUUUUUCUUUUCAUUUAAAUCCAGCCUUUGCACUAUUCUUGCGCUACAAUUAUGCUACUGUAUGGCCUGGGAUGACUUGGAAUGACUGGGGCCCGGCCUGCAUCUUAGAACUAAAUCAUAUUUUCAGUGGAGAUCAUGACAAUCCACUGAAGCUGCUUUUCAGUUCAGGAUGAGGUCUGGGUCGAAGUCGGUGAAACCAUUUCCAAAGGGUUAACACUUACUAUGAGCCUUUGACCAGAUUUAGCCCUUGAGAUUACAAAGCUACUUUGCCCAUAUUUAGGAGGGAAAAAUCUUUCUUCAUACAGUAAUUUUUCACUUGGUGUGCUCUCUCAAAAGAAUUAUAGGAAAUAAUGUCGGGACAACAAGUCAUGGGCUCACUUUUGGUCAGGAAACCUUUUAGUGUGUGUUCACCCUAGUAUUUCUCUGCUAAAGCUGUCCAUAGUAUCUCCGCAGUCUCAGAAUAGUUGUUUGUUCACAAAAGAAAUGUUUUAACAAAAGAUUUUCAUCGACUGUAUCAUUAUUGUUAUUGUUACUAUUUAAUACUAAUAAAAUGGACAAACACA